GGUUCCUGGGCUCUGAAGUUCCCCACCCCAGCUCAGAGAGUGGAGGGGGCACAGCCAGAGGCCCUGCCCACACCCGCCCAGGCGGUCUCCCUGUCCUUGCUUCUGUCUCCGUGUGCCACACACGUGCGUACACACAAACACACACACACACACACACACAGCCUCACAUCCUGCCUCCAAGCCAGGCUCCACCCACCCCCAGCCUCUCCCUCCUCCCUCCUCCCUCCUCCCUCUUAAAUCAGAGGCUCUCUUUGGAGCAGAAGCAUAGGCCGGGAGAAUCUGUGAGGCCACAGCCCCCAGAGCCCUGAGCCACCAUGUGGUCCUCCAAGAGCCGUGGACGUUCCGCGUGUGGCGGGGACUGCCCAGUGACCAGGGAGCCGGCACCAGGUUUGGUGGAGACCCGUGAUGCCGUGUCCGGGCUGCCCUGCGCUUCUGUGGGGCAAGCCGAGGGUCCGGGCAGGGGAGGUGGGUCUGCAGAGCCAGCUGUCAAGAGCUGCGUACCUGUGACCGCCUUCGAGAGCACCGCCCCCGCCAGCCCGUCGGCCCGGGACGGAGAGGGACAGGUGGGCAGAAAUCCUAUUGAGUUUAUGAGGCACCAAAUGCACCAGCUGGUGGACAUCUUCUGUGACAGGACCCAACACCAAUCCCGAGGAGCACCGCAACAGAGGCUCAGGCUGGGAGAGGUGGAGGAUGGCUUCAACGAGAUCAUGCUGGAAGCCGUGGACCUUCACCAUCAUCAGAACAACGACGAGGAGUCCAGUCCGUUACUUCCUGAAGUGCGGCAGGAGCUACGUUCCAGAGUCUUGAGGUCCUCCGUCCUCGAGCUGGAAGAGAAGGAGCACCCCGGGGUCCGGAAGACGGAGGAGAGCUUUUGUGACCGAGCCCUGAGGUCGUUCCGAAGGCUGCUCUACCAACUGCAGCUCAAGUGGCAGGCCGCACUGGCGUGGCUGAGGGAGAAGGUGGCCGCCGGCUUUCAGGCCUUCUGCAACGCGGUGGAGGCCAUCUGCAGCGCCUUUAACAGUUUCUGCACCUCAGUGGCUCAGGUGUUCAGGAGCGCCGUCCAGGCCUAGCCCAGCCCUCCCCGGCCGCUUUCCUUGUCCGGGUCCGGCCCGUCGCUCUGGCUGUGGCGUCCUAGUAAGAGUUGGCUGCGGGCCCCCCGGGGGCUCAGUCGGUUGAGCGUCCGCCUUCCGCUCAGGUCAGGAUCUCACGGUUCAUGGGCAUGAGCCCCGAGCC